AUGAAAGGCUUGCCUUCUAAGUGGUUUUUUAUUUUUAAAAGCUUAAUAAUAGGGUUUAAAUGAUUAUAUUAUUUAGGAUUUUUUUUCUGCGUUUGACUUUAAAAUAUCAAAAAAUAAUUGAUUGGAUUCAAAAUAUUCAUUGGCACUUCUUCGAAUAUCAGGUUAAUUAAUUAGAGCAUUAAUAUCUUAAUUUGAUUUUGGAAAUUUUAAGAUUUUGAAGGUUGGAAAUUUUUAUUUGUGAUUUUCAAGAAUUAACUUGCCAAAUAAUUUCGGAUGAUUCUUAGUUGGAUUUUCAUAAUUUUUAUUAAUUUCUUAAUAUAAAGCUGAAAAUAAUACGGGUGGGGUAGUUUGUGGUGAUUUUACAAGGUUUUUUUUUUUAUAUAUUUUUGAAGUUGAAACUUAACUACUGUUACUUAAUGAUUUAGAUGAAAUAAUAAGAGAGUUUUAUUGUUAUAUUUGAAGAUUUUAAAAUUGUAUAAAGUUACUAAUAGAUUCUUGAACAUCAAAAUCCUUAUUUAAAGAAUAAAAAUCGUCUUAGAAGCCAUCUUCAUUAUUAUUAUUAUCAUCUAUCAUUGAAUGAAGCUAGUUAUGAUUAAUUAGGG